UUUCAUAAGAUCGUAGGCAUGCUUCAUCAGCUAUUUUUGGUUGUGCAAUGCAUUCUCUGGAUUUCUUUCAAUGCUCAUUGGUAUGGUGGAUUGACACAUUUCUUGGCUGUGAUUACUUCCCUAUCAAUGGCUUCUUCUAUUUUGAGUGUGUUGGAUUUGUAGUUUACAAAUAUAUAUUAGUCAGCACAUAAAAAAAUAGACAGUAGGCAUACAUGAUUUCAUUUGUAGUAUAGACAUUUUUUGGUGCUGAGAUAAUAGUAUGGAGUAUGCUAUUAAUUCAUAUAUUGCAUUUGAAUUAUAUAACCCUAUGUUGUUUGUCUUGUUGAGAUAAAUUAUAAAAUUUAGUACAGUAACGGCUCCAAACAUAGUACUCUGGUUGUUCGGUGCAGGGAAAUGUGGGCCCUUCAUAUCUCCAGAUCUGUCCACGUGUCGAUCUGCCCUGUUGUUUGCUUGGCUGUAUUGUGCUGCCAAAUGCCCUAAUAAAAAUUUUAGGAGUAAGAGACUGAGUGUUGAAGCAGAGAAGAAGGAUCAACAAUGGCUCUGGCUCUACCACAGAACACCAUAUUCCUGAAUCUGUCGAGGCUUGUCUCUGUUUCUCUCUCUCGUCCUGCUGCUGCUAUUAUUCAUCGACUAUACUCCAAAUCCUCUGAUCAUAACGAUAACAAGGAUGAGCAGACAGCGACCUGUGGAGACAAAAAAUGGAAGACAUUCAACGAUAAAAUCGGAAACGGCGACGGUGAAGGCGAGAACUUGAAGAAAAAACUGUCGAAAGAAGUUGGAGGAAAGCCCAUAGAUGAAGAUAAGGGCAUGGACGUCAACCGUCGCCCCAUCGACGAAGAAAAGCCUUCCUCUCUUUAAUCAAUAGUAUUUCAAUUGUUGUAAUAAUUAUAUAUAGCCAAAAGCUCAGAAGAACAUCGAUGUUGAAGAAAUUAAAUCAAAUGUUCUAAUUAAGUCAGGUUUAUGUACAUGAUGUUGAAACAAAUUGCUCCAUUAUAUUGUCGAUUAUUCUAAUAAAAUGGGCUCUCGUGUUGUUAGCUUAUCUAUAAAUUUUGCAAUGCC